AUUACAAACUGCUCAAUACAAGGUAUUGAAAAAUGAAAGGUUUAUAUUUCUUUGUUAGUAUAAGUGUUCUUUUUUCUCUUAUUGUUGGACAAAAUGACGUAUGUGGACCUCAUGAAAUUUUUAACAGUUGCGGAUCACCAUGUAGACGUGAGUCAACAUGCCAAAAUGGAAACCGUUUCCCAAUAUCUGGUGGUGCUUGCAUAGCAUUAUGCGAACCAAGAUGCGAAUGCGACGUUAGAAAUGGUUGGAUCAGAUCUCGCCUCAAUGGACCUUGUAUUAACACAUCAGCGUGCAAGCGUUAUUAAGCAUGCAAUUUGAAAAAAUAUGAUAUUUUAUCGUAGAUAAAGAUUAGAGAGGAAUUGAAAAAUGUAUUUUAUUAAUAAAAAUUUAAAUAAAU